UUUGAUUUUCCUGGAGUGACCACAGACCAUCUUUCUCUUUCUAAGCACCUCCUUCUGCUGUACUAAGAUUCUCUGAGCCACAGAUCUGCUCUCACUUUCUUUUUCAAUAAGGGCUACAAACAACAGAAAUAAAACUUCUGAUUUUGCUCUAGAAACUCACAUCUGUGGGACUAUCGUUGUCUCAGCAGAUGGGGAACUAGCAGCCAUUUUCCCACUAAUUUGGGGUUCAUGCAGCUUGGUGAGACCAUGAAGACAUCUUGAGAAAGUGACCGGCUCUGCCUUCCUCCAACUGAUGCAGAGGAAACAGGUCUGUGGCAACCUUCCCCCCAAAUUAAUUCUGGAGGUACGUGUUCUCUACAGUAACUGAUGCUACUUGGAAAGAUCAAAAAAGAUGAAUUCAAUUGAGAAAUCUGACAAGGAAAAAUUACAAGAAAACGCUUCCCCUACCAUCCCUCCUCUGAGAGGAAAUGAGACCUUUCAUUUCUUUGUCAGCUACAGCAGCCUGGACUCCUCUUGGGCCCACAAAUUCAUCAGAGAACUAGAGACCUGUUAUUCAGGUCUGAAGAUUUGCUACCAUGAGCGGGACUUUCUUCCAGGGAAAAACAUAAUAGAGAACAUGGUCGAUUGCAUCCAGCAGAGUCAAAAGAUGCUGUUAAUCCUCAGUCAAGACUUUGUCCAGAGCAGAUGGUGUUUGUUGGAAGCCAAUCUCUCUGUCUUUCGUUACUGUAUGGAGAGAAAGCCCGUCAUUCCCAUCAUGCUAAAGCCCUGCCAGGUUCCGCUUCAUCUGAAUCAUUUGACAUAUCUGGAUGUCAAUGAUAUCUCCUUCUAUGAAAAGGUCAUCAAGGCCAUCUGCACACCUAACCAUCUCAUGAAGCAUUCUACACUUGUACCCUACCAACUCUCCUCAAUCUACAAUGGGAAAACCCUGAUGGUCUUGCCCUGUAUCAAUAAAGACAAUCUUCCAUCAUGGAAAAUGGGAAACUUCAGCACAUCUAAUAUUCCCGAUCCCCUGAGAAUGGUCAUAGACGAUCCAGAGGUUUAUAGAAGAGCCAUUAACAUCUUAAAUGAGGUUUCUUCUUCCAGAUGCUGUUUGCGAUAUUUGGGUUGCAGGAUCACAUUAUGCAUUAUCCUCUCACUCCUUAGUCUGUUUUUAACUACCUUUAUUUCAAUACUUUUCUAUUUAGAGUAUCUCGCUCGACCAGAGUUACUUUCUGUUUUUGUUGUGACAUACCUGCCUCUGCUGUUUCUUAGUCUGAGCUUAGUGGCCUUGGUGGUCAACGUGAUGUGCUGGGCUAGGAGAUCAAGAAAAGAGAAAUUUCAAGAAUUGAAUCUAAAAGUAGGAGAAGCCAACCUAAUUCUGGCCAAAUAUUCUGUGCUGAUUGGCUGUGAAACUAUAAACAAACUCUCCUUUGUCUAUGUUUCACUUAAAGAAUGUGAAAAGGUGUUCCUGGAUACCUUUCCUGAUGAGAAUCCUUCAGCUGAGGAGAUGUUCCAAAGUGCCAUAAUCCGCUAUUCUUCCAGUUAUGCCUAUCGUGUGGCUAAUAAAUAUUUUCCGUACUCUGAAGAAGUGGAAGAGGAAGGCCACAUGAGUGAUUGCAUAUGUUUCUGCCAGUAUGUCUCUAUACAGAUGAAAAAUAACAGGUGGUUAGGAGAUGGAAUGGGAUUGGCUUAGAUGUAGUUGCCCCAUAAUUGGAGAUAGAAUUGGAAAUUAUUCAACCACUAAUGAGAGGUCAGUACAAUAAUGAACAAUUUCUCCUUUUUUUGGAGGGGGGGGGGAGAUUCUUUUUAUGCUUUUCUUUUAUCAUGCUUCCUGUCUAAAAAUUGAGAUUGAUUUACAAUAUUCUAAAAAUCUGCUACUUGUAUUCCUAAAGAGGUUAAAUCAAUGAAAUACUAUUUUCUUGAAUUUGUCAUUCCAUUUCCUUUGCACAGGCUGUUCCAUAUAAAUAGAAUGGGCUUCCUUUCCUCAUUUCAGACACUUACACUCCCUGACUCCCUUCAAGGCUCAGCUCAUGUGCAAAGAUUUUAUGAAAAAUCUUUCUUGAUCCUUUAUUAUUUGUGCUCUCUCCCUCUUCCUCUUCCAGUCCUCUCUUGCAAGUAGAAUGUAAUCUCCUGGAGGGUAAGGAUUAUUUCUUUCUUUGAUUUAAUAUUACCAGUUCCAAUCUACACAUAGGUACUUAAUAGAUGUUGUUAGGGUUAUCCAGUCAUUGAAAAGGAAGGAAAUCACUAUUUAUUAAGUAUUCACUAUGUCCUCAGCACUAUGUAAAGUGCUUUGCAGAUGUCAUAACAACUCCAGGAGAUGUGUUAUUAUUAUCCCCAUUUUACAGUUGAGAAACUGAGGCAUAUAGUGGUUAAAUGACUUGCCCAAGGUAAUACAAGCUAGUGAUUUUCUGAAGCCAAAUUUGAACUCAAGUCUUCCUGUCCCGGGGCCGAUACUCUAUAUAGUGCACCAUCUAGUUGCUUCUCAUUGAACGACAGAGGGCUUGGAAUCCAAUGUUAGUUGAUCAGAUAUCUUUUCUAAUAUAUUUGUGAUAUAGGAUUAUAUAAUUCUUGAAAGUCUUCAGUGAAGAAUCUACAUUCUAGAAACUAAAUGGGGGAUUAAAAGUAGCCACUCAAUUGAUCUCUCCCAACAUUCCCUCCAAUAAUAUUAAAAUAAUCUUAAAUUAAAUUUUAAAGCAGCAGAGCAAACAAAAAUUGAGGGGAGACUUUUUUCCUAGCUAAUAAAACUUAGGACAUUGAUAGGGGAAGUCUGUAUCAUCGGGGUGAAGACCUGACCAAAGCCUAUCCAUGGGACAAGUGACAACAGCAACUUGGCAACAGCAACUUCAGCAGCAGCUGUACCUUUGGGAGUUUUCAGCCCAGAGAUGAUCAGACAGCAGGUCAGAAAGUUUGCAUAUAUUACAGAAAGAUUACAGUCAGGUGAUAUGGUAGAUAUACUGGGCCUGGAAUCAGGAAGACUCAUCAUUUUGAGUUCAAAGCUAAUCUCAGACACUUGCUGAUCUAUGACCUUGA